UUCAGAUUCCUCCACAUGCAGUGGUUCAGUGCUGACUCCUCUUCUGUGAGGUACUGAAAUGGUUUCAGAGCACCACAAGACCCAUAAGACCCUGUGUGGGCUUUCAGCAGACUGAUUUUGCCCUGACAUUGUGUAGGAUCCACUUUCUGUCCCCCUGCCCAAGUGAAGCAGGAUGGAGUUUAAGGGGACCUGAGGACAACCAACAUUUUGGUGCGGGUUGUGAGUUACUGUACUGCCUGGCACAAAGGUGAAGAUAUUUCAUCUCCUUUUCCAACCCAGAGGCAUUGCACUGGGAGCAGAGGACCCAAAUUUGCUUCCAUCUGAGAUGGAAAGCAUUCAAACCGUAUCUUCCCAUCUCCUGAAACUCAAGCUGUUUCUCCCUUCCUACAUGAACUUGUGCUGUUCUCCAGCAGGCCUCUGAAUUGACUGCACUCAAAGAAACCACCUUAAGCAAGUCACUAAGAUGGGGAUGACCAGCAGAGUGAUCCUGUGCUGCUGCUGCUGCCCCAAGGAGGUUGCCUGGGAAGAUGCAGAUGCCACCUCAGUCUCAUGGCACAGGCACACACUGCCCUGGGAGCAGCAGUGCAGCUCCUCAGGGCACCUUCUGCUGAGUAACAACAGGUUUCUCUUCAGUAUUUUGCAGUACAUAAACCAGAGAAAGAAGCAAAGAGAACGCUGGGUUGGGGCUUUGAUGUCCACCUCUGUCCCAUUGCAUCUCAUCUAUGGGCCCUUGGUCCCUGUGAAUCCACACCCAGAGUUCCUUCAGCUUUACAAGAAGGUGCCUCCCAUGUCCACAGUGUCUGUGCUGGACGACCACAUCAGCCACUAUCCACAGCUGGAGGAUCCAACAGGCUUCCUGAAUGCUUAUCUCGACUUGAUCAACUCCUUCUGAGCUGCUGCACCUCAGU